CUUUUUAAAGUGGUGGGAUUGGAUUUGUAUUUUCACUGUCAACUUCAUUUCCAGGAGCUCCACCCUCGCCUUGGUUUAGGAGGAUUUUUUUUUCUGUGCAGCUGCCAUGAAGCAGAGGGAGGAACAGCUGGCUGAGGGAAGAGCCAGCCCGGGGAGUCAGUCACAUUCCUGGCUGGGAUUCAAUGACUGAACCAGACACAAACAAACACACACAGAGAGAGGGAGAGACUCACACACACACUGACUGAGCGGGGAGACAGACGGAGAGUACGCCAGACUGAGCAGACGACGCUUAUUUCGGGCGCACAUUAGGAGUGCGUAAAACCGCAGGAGCGCUGUAACAUUCGUACCCGCUCAUUGUGCGCCGGAUGAUACGAGUUUCCCGACUCUGAGUUGACGACUUUAUUUUUGCUUCCGUUUACAGGAACUGAGCCCUGUGAUUUCAGCAGCUUUCAGUUUUCUGAAUGGACGCGCUGGGAAGCUUCUCCGCCGACAUGGAAAUGCGCCUUUCCGAGCUGGUCGCCGGAUGCUGAGGACGCCCCCCCGCACCUCCCCGAACCCAUUCACUUACUUCCAGCUUUCGUUUUGAGUUGUCAACUCUCUUCUCCCAAACCACGGCGACAUGGAAGGCACGGGCUUCCAGCCCCAUCCCGGACUUCAGCAAACUCUGAAGCAGUUCCACCUGAGUUCCAUGCGCUCCCUCGGCGGCCCGGCGGCGUUCUCCGCCCGGUGGCACCAGCAGCAGCAGGACGCGCUCUUCGGGAAGGAUGUCAAAUCCGCCGAGAUGAUGCUCUCCCUGCCCGCCCAGACGCCCCCGGUCAUGUCCGGGCCACUUUUCAUCCCGUCCGACCGCUCCACGGAGCGCUGCGAGACGGUGCUGGAGCGCGAGCCCAUCUCCUGCUUCGUGGUCGGCGGCGAGAAGCGCCUGUGCCUCCCGCAGAUCCUCAACAGCGUCCUGAGGGACUUCUCCCUGCAGCAGAUCAACUCGGUGUGCGACGACCUGCACAUCUACUGCUCCAGGUGCACGGCGGACCAGCUGGAGAUCCUGAAGGUGGUGGGCAUCCUGCCGUUCUCCGCGCCGUCGUGCGGGCUCAUCACGCAAACGGACGCGGAGCGCCUCUGCAACGCGCUCAUCUACGGGGGCGCGUACCCCCCUCACUGCAACAAGGACCUGGGCUCCCUGGAGUUGGAGCGGACCGAGAAGAGCUUCAAGGUGUACCACGAGUGUUUCGGCCGGUGCAAGGGCCUGUUCGUCCCGGAGCUGUACGCCGCUCCGGCCGCCGCCUGCAUCCAGUGCAUGGACUGCAGACUCAUGUUCCCCCCUCACAAGUUUGUGGUCCACAGUCACAAGAGGCUGGAGAACCGGACAGUCCACUGGGGCUUCGACUCCGCCAACUGGCGGGCCUAUGUGCUCCUGGACCCGGACUACACCGACAAGGAGGAGAAAAGUCACCUGGAGCAGCUGCUCAAAGAGUUAAAGGGAAAAUUUGACCUGAUGGGGAAAGUGUCCAGUAAAUCAUGCAGAUCGCCGAGCCCGAUCCCACCCAAGAGGUCCAAACUGGACAAAUCUCCGCCUGCUGACAAAGACAGGAAACCUGAUUGGCUGCAGUCACUGUCCAAGUCUGCACACAAGGACCUGAAACAGGUCCAGAUGAAACAGAGGCCCUCUGCUUUCCGUCCCUGGUCUCCCRAAGCCGCAGAAAAAGAGAAACCAUGUCAAAAUGAAACAGAAAGGUCCUGCUUAAAAAAUCAAGAAACCCUAUCUGCUCCCAUGGCUCCUCUGCUCCAUCCCAGUGACGCUCAYAUUUCUGGCAGGGAGUCUAAAAUCAUUCCCAUUCAAGAGCUGCAUAACGGUGGUCCACAGCCGUCAACAAAACCGCCCCACUCUGCAGCCGCUGGUCGAGUGGAGGACAUGGACACGGAUGGAGAGAUCGAUGUGGAUGACUGUGAUGAUGGUCCUGUUUCCGCCUCCUCUGUGGCUCUACCUCCCACAGCUCCCACCAGCAUCACUCAGACCCUGUCGCCUCAGAGGCUCGCUCCCGUUCAGGAUUUAACUCCCUGGCUGCCGGAAAGCAUCUGCCCAGAGAUCGACACCAUGAGGCAGAUGUUGUGCACUGGCCCGGACACCAAAGAGGCCCGRGAGAAAAUCCUGCAGGAGAUUGCCAGAAUGCGGGUGAAGCAGGAGGAGAAGCUGUCAGCAGCUCUGCAAGCCAAACGCAGCCUUCAGCAGGAGUUGGAGUUUGUAAAGGUGGCGAAAAAGGGACGUCUCCGCGAUGCCAUCGAAGCCAAACGCAACCUGCGGAAGGAGAUCGAGCGCCUUCGCGUGGACUGGGAGAGGAAGAUAAGGGAGGCAGAYGAGUCCUGUGGGCGGCUGAAACGGGAGCUGGAGAGAGAGAGACAAGUGCGGGCGUGCGACCAGGGAUGUGAGGCUGAACGUCUUCGCGUUAAAUACUCUGCUCAGAUUGAAGAGCUGCACGUGCAGCUGCAGCAGGCAGAGGCUGACCGGGAGCAGCUGAGGCAGGAGCUGCAGCAGGAAAGAGAAGCUCGACAGAGCCUGGAGAGCGUGGUGAAGGACCUGCAGACCCAGCUGUCCCUGCAGGCCAACUGUCAYCUUCCUGAAACCUGCAAAGAGACAUACAUGGACACAAGAACCCCCGUCACACAGCCCAGCAAAGGAUCCUAAAGUUGCACUUUUAGAAGUGGACAGAGACUCAAUGAAAUGGAGCAUGUUUAAGGACUUUGUUACGCCGCCUGUUAUUUGAGGGGGAAAACAUCAGAAAGUCACUUUUGUAGAAAAAAAAGUCAUAUAUGAUAUAUUACCACAUACAACAAAGUUAUUAUGAGAACAUGACAGAUUUCAUGACAUGAACUGGAAAGUAGCAUGAGCAUGUUAAAGAGGGUGAAACUAUGAAAAGACUUCUCCGGAGAGCGACACAUCCUUUCUGUGACGUCAGAAACCCCCCGACCCCCGACGCAGUCCGAGAGUUUGGUUUCGGUAUAAGCUAUUCAAAGAUGAGCGACUCUGGCUACACAACACUACUUGAAUAUGAAGGGAAGAACAUGAGCAGUUGAUGAAAGUCAUCCUUGUGCCACAGAUCAAUGGUACACUCCRAGGUGUCACUGCAGACCACUGGAAACAAGAGACACAAGUUUACCACUAUUUACUUUAGGUAUCUGCUUGCUUUUUAUAAAUAUGUACUUUUUAGGAAUUAUUGCUUGCUUGACACUUAUUCCACAGGUAAAAAACAAACAAAAAAACCCACAAAUAUACAAACAUUCAUAUUCAUAUAGCAGCUUAUCUACCUUUUGUAUUUUAUAAAYCUGAGGUAUUGGAUGUUUGGUGGACUGAUUUUACUGUCCACCAGUGUUUAACACAUAGAAAUUUUGUAUUAUUAUCAUUAUUAUUAUUAUAAUUAUUAUUACUCUCCCAAACAAGUAAUAAAUAGCAGAUAUAUUUUGCCAACAUUAAUCUACAUAAACACGCUCCUUCAAAAAUUUAAAAGAGUUGUUUAGGUUGAAAAAUGGUACUUCAGAUUCUUUGUAGAAUAAAAUAGUUUUUAAAUUUGC